UAUUAUCCACGUGUAUUUCUCUGAAAUGAAAACACAGACUUAUCAAUAAUAAUUCUAAGAGAUAUAUGGAUUAAUGAUUAUUUUUGUGUGAUGUUUUUGUUAAUCUGUUUGGGAUGAUGCUAAUUCGUAGAAGGAUUAAUAUUAGUUGACUCCAGUUUAAUUAAUUGUUCAAAGAUUGUUUCGACUAGAAAUGAUCUGAUCGUAUCAUCUGUAUAUUCAGCAAUUAGGGAUUUGUGUGUAUAACAGUAAUACUUUGCAGUUUAUAACCAUGUUCAUUUCCACUGAACAUUAUUCAGGUGUGAAAGGUAAAUCUACGUAACCUGCAACUCCACAUUAAUUUAAUUAAUUAUUGAACCAAAAACUAUGUCUGACGUUUAUUCUUCAUUUCAGUGCUCAAGGAUCGAUACAGCGUCAUGGUAUUCUAACUUUAAAGGAAUGUCUUAAAAACAAAAAAAGCUGCAAAAUGUGGAAAUUAUUUUAUCUGUUUGUGUUUGUGUUUAUUUGUGGAUUAGUACACGGCAACGUUUAUCAUACAACGGUCCAAAUAGCUCGAUGUCGGGUGCAAUGCUUAAAACAGACAAUAAAACAUAGAGAUAUCAGUACGAAAAUCAACGAUGGAAAUUGCUUUAAAAAAUUCACUUGUGACGGGUGUUGGCAGAUGUGUUCCUACCUGUAUGCCAGUUAUCAGUUAACAUCAACUGUAUGUAGUAAUCCCGAUGUGUGUCACAAAGGUUGUAAAGUUGCUUGCAGAUUUCGAGAAAACGAACCAACGGGAAACGUGACUGCUGGUUGGAAAUUUAAGGGGAAAGAUGCCCAUGUACAACGCUUAAAACAUUCUCACCAAGUUGAAAUAACAUGGUCUCGCCCAGAACUGGAACUUUUAAGUAGGAAGAACGAUUUGAUUGUGUAUGUUAUAAUGUUCAGAGACAAGACGGUCAAAAUCAAAGACUGGGAGGAAGUCCAGCAAACAUCAUCUCAAGAAGUACUGUUAGAGCAAGAUUCUCUUCCUAUACUUCCGGAGUUCUGGUUAAUGGCGGUUAGUGAAAACGGUACUAUUGCUGAAAUUAAAUUCGAUAUGGAUUCAUCACCAAUAGUUCAGGUUAUUACUCCGGCAGUUGUCUUUCCUCUAAAAAUAAAGCAACCAGUACAAAUAUCUAGUGACUCACCAUUAACUGUAAACGUUACUCUACAAGAAGAUACCAAAACCGGGAUUCUAUCAGCACUAGUCGAGUGGGACCAUCCACCCAUCUUUACCAGUAAACGCGUUAUUUUGUAUGAUAUUCAUUUGUUAUUUACUGACUGCAACAAUGUUUAUGAAACAUCUCCAACAUGCCUAAAAACACCAGAACAAUAUGCACAUACUGUAGGUUUUAGAGAUACACUAAAGCCCCAUUAUAAGCUGGACAAAUUGCUGUAUAAUUCCUACUAUCACCUAGAAGUUCAGAUGAAUGACGAUUGGUAUGGAAAUGUGGAGUUCCGUACUGUAGAAUGUCCAAAUGUUGACACCAAAACUUACACAGUAUGUCCAAGUGUAAUAGCAUCCAAUAAUAAUGAAAGUGAAACAGAAGAGGAUUAUGAACAUGAACCAAUUGAUAUAAUGGAAUGGGGAAUUGUACUACGGAACUGGAAGUGUAACAAGCACACUGGGACAGUUUCUGUAUUGUUAGCAUGGAACGUCCCAUUCAAUCAUUCUGCUGUCUCGUCUUACACAAUAAGCUGCAUCAUCAACGACGUCUCCGACAUUCCAGCUAUAGUUAGGAAAACAAAUAAAACUGAAGAAUGGUUUGAUUUGGAUGAAAAUACUGAAUAUCGAAUAGAGGGUGUAGCAAUAUACCAACGUAAUGGAAGACGUGAUGCAAUCCAAAGUGAUAUCAGGCGUCUAAACACUACAAUGUGUGCUAUUAAAGCUGAAAGCGUCAAAUCGAGAAAAGUUACAGAUGCGGACUGGAAGAAUAUUGAUAAAAUAAUUGUUGGAAUUACUUGUGUCGCUAGUGUCAUUCUCCUUGGAUUAAUUAUUCUCUUCAUUUAUAAGAAGAGACAUACAUUCAAAGAUAUCAUCAUUACCAAACCAGCAGUUGCCAAGAGCAACAGUUACAAGUCUAACGUCGGAUGUAAAGUUGAUUAUUCCAAUCAAUUAUUGGUAAUGAGUGAUGAAUGGGAACUGGACCCUUGUCGUCUAAAGUUCUGUACCCCUAUUGGCCAAGGAGCGUUUGGCAAAGUAGUGACUGGUUACUACGACAACAAGAGAGUAGCCAUUAAACUGGUUCGAGAUAGUGCACCUUUAUCUUAUAAAGAAGAUCUAUUGGCAGAAAUCAACUUAAUGAAACGUAUAGGUGCUCAUCCAAAUAUAGUAUCGAUGCUAGGAGCAUGUACCCUUUCUGAACCCAUUGCUCUUGCUAUGGAGUACAUUCCUUUUGGAAACCUGCAAAUGUUUUUGAAGAAAUGUCGCAUGGAGGGAGAUUUUACUAAAAGAGUCGGACACCCUACCGAGGUUACAUAUUCCAUCAUGGAUCCGAAUGGUGAUAUUGAUAAUGGUGUAAUAACCCCAGCAGAUAUGCUGUCAUUUGCACGUCAAGUUGCCAUGGCAAUGCAAUAUUUAGCAGAUAAGAAAUAUGUACAUCGAGAUUUAGCAGCCAGGAAUGUACUACUUGAUUAUGAUAAAGUUGUUAAAGUUUGUGAUUUUGGACUUUCUAGAGACAUUUUCAAUGAUAACCAAUAUCACAAAGUUACCAGUGGUAAACUACCAUUAAAAUGGAUGGCUAUCGAAUCACUACGUGAUCGGGUAUUUACAACGCAGAGUGAUGUUUGGUCAUUUGGUAUACUGUUGUAUGAAAUAGUUACUAUGGGAGGAUCACCGUACCCUCAUACAGCCUUGGCAGACCUCUAUUAUGUAUUAGCAAAUGGAUAUCGAAUGGAGAAGCCUGGGAAUUCCUCUGAUGAACUAUAUGCUAUAAUGAGACAAUGUUGGUUGGAAAAUCCAAAGGACAGACCAUUAUUUUGUGAACUGCGUCUCCAACUAGAACAGCUGUUGUCAGUAGACAGAAACUACUUAGAUCUAGAUAAUAUUGAUGUUCCUCUGUCUACAUCAGAAAGCAGCAGUAACAGUGUACCCAAAACAGACGAUAGAUUAUCGCUCAUUUCUAAUAGACACUCACAGUCAGUGAAAAAUACUGGUAUGGUAAAAAGCUCAACGGGCAGACAGCCACGUGCAAUAACAAUACCGUCACUAACACGUGACACCAUAACAGUUAGUAUUUGUGGAGAACAGUCAAAUGAUUGGUUAACUCGGGCACGUGAUGACGAAACAACGACAUAAUAUCUUGUUUUGUGUAGGAAUGUAGGACCAAAAUCAUUGAUUGCUGAUAAUGUGCUUGGUGUGCGGGUUAUGAAUUAGAAUCUAAAACUGCCAAUAUAUGGACAGAUAAAUUGUGAUAUAUGGUUGUGAAUUUUCGAUUUCACAAACAAUUUGUGAAAAGGUUAUUGAAAAAAUAUAAUGACAAAUAAGACAUGACAAACGUGUAAUUUAUAGUCUGUGAUUUAUAAUGGAAACUUAAGAUUUCCUUACUCUGUUGCUUUAGUUUUGAACAUGUCCAUGGCCGUUUUAGUUGGUGUCAUUAAAUGACAACUAUUUUUAGUCUUUCUCAAAAUACAUAUUAUAGUCUGUUAUCGAACUGAAUUUUGUAUUACUUUAUAAAUCUGUGCCUUUCAGGGUUUUUCUUAGGAUUUAUAAUCCGUCCACAAUUUAAUGCAAAUAGAUAUCUACCAUAAAAACUCUCAUAUAUGUGAAAAUCGUGACAUUUCUUUCAUAGGGCAUGAAAAGCACAUUAUUCCAACUUUUAUAUGUAUAUCAAAUACCUCUAUUGUAUCUUAUAUCACAAGAAUUGUAUUUAACACUAAACUUAUUUAUAUAUUAUAAUUGAGAUAAUAUUACACCAAUGUCCAAAAUAUACUAGUAAAUAUAAUGCUUAGAGAAAUUUAUAUUGAGUAAAAAGCUAAAUAUCUUAAUUGUGUGUAUAUAAUAAACAUCGUCUAAUACAGACUGGAAACCAAAACGCCUGGAAAUACAUUUAGAAUUUGAAGCAUUUUAAUCAUGUGAACAUGUCGUGACGUUAUAUUUUUAGUUGUGACAUUAAAGUAUUAACAAAGGAACUUUAUCGUGUAAUAUAUAUGGAAGUUUUGUCCUUAUAUCUGUUUUAAAGUAAUAUUUUCCCUUCCCCUGGCAGCUUAGACAAAGCAUGAAUUAGAUGCAUAUAGUGUCCUUUAUUUAAUUGAGAAAAACAUAUAGAACUGGAAUUUAAACAUAUAUUGAAAUGUUUUCGGCGGGUGACAACAAAUUAGGUAUUACAAUUUACAUCAUAUUAUUGUAUUCCAAAAAUGGAGUAGAGGUUUUACUUUUACAAUUUGAUUGGCCAGUACUCGCCGUGAUCGUUUUAUUAUAUUUACACAUGUGCUUCAAUGAAUAUGUUAUAUUUCAACAGUUAACAUUGUACCUAGUAAGCGAAAGAAAUAUAUCAUAAUUUCUACCCUUGAAGGAUGAUAGGGAAAGUUUGCAUGUUAUGAGUUCGUCCAAAGCUUUGAUAAGUUAUCAAUGAUCAAUUUUUUUAAUUUAUCCAACAUAUAGCAAACAGAAAGAGGCUUAACAAACAUAUCUCUAUAUUUAAAUAUUUCAUUGGCUUCCUAUAUUUCCGUUUGAAAAAUAAAUUUAUGGAAUUUUUGGAAUAAUUCAAGGUAUCAAAUAUGAUAUUAAAAUAAUCAUAUUUUUAACAGAUUGUAUUGGUUGAUAGUUUUUAACGUUUUUGUUCUUUGAUGAAAACGACUUGAGUAAUAAUAUAAUUUUAGUUGGGCGUGUGCCGCCUCAUUGCAGUCUGUCGAUUAUAUAUUAAUGAAUUACACAUUUAGAGCUAAAUAAAAACCAGAGAAAUAGGUACAUAGUUAAAUUCACCAAAAAUGCAAAAUUUAAUUCCGUUAUUAGAAAUAAUUUUGUACUUCAAAGACAUAUUUUUUUGUUAAAUCGUUAAUCUUCCUUUAAUACAAUCCCAAGUUUACUGUGGCGUCAUUAAUUAUGUAUCAUUAGGAAAAAUUGCUGGAUGUUUUUUUUUGUUGUUUUUUUGUUUGUUUUUUGCAAAACAAAAAAUCGAUAUCAAAGACUUAAAUUACUUUUCAUAUCGAAAAUGCUCUUCCUUCGUUUAUAUAUUUAACGAAAGUGUGCUACAUUUUGUUUUCUCAACAUGCAAAAGUCAAAUAUCAAGAUUGUGUGCAAGCGGGGACACUUUACAGAACAUUUCUAUCAUUUCAUGGCUGUAUUCUCCGCAAAAAGACACCUCAAUAAACAUAAAUAUAGAUAUAUUAAAGUAAAUAUAUAUUCAUCUUUCAAUUUUGCAACCGAAAUUUUGAAUGACUUAAAAUGUGGAUGCCAAAGUAGCCCAAAAUCGUAUCCUUCUUUCAUUGGUGACCCUAUAGAAUAUCUUUACAGCUUAUUUACAGUACUGAGUGCUAAAUGAUGUGUAUAUAUUUUUUAUUUGUUUUGUUAUUUAUUAUUGUUUUACUCAGGUAGCAUUUUAGGCAGUAAAUAACAUUUUAUUCUUGUAAAAUGUGAGUGAGAGUGGUUUGCUUUGGUAUCCAAGGUUUCUGUCUCACCUGCGACAAAAGUCGCAAAAAACGAUACUUAAUCUUGGGUGUGUUAUUUACGUUGCCGUAGGGUUCACAUGUUGUUAAAGUUUAUAAUAUUAUUACAACGACAAGAUAUAUAUCUGUGUCAACAAUUUAUGAUACGCUGACACAGUGUCGUACGGUUCAGAUGAUAUUUUCAUCCGAAAUAUAUAUAUAAACGAGCUGUUUGAAAACUUAAGUUAAAAUUUGUCUUCCAAAAAGAUUGUGUGUGAAUAUGUGAAGACUUCCAAUUGAUGUGAUAAUUUGGAUUUUUUUUAUUAUUAUUAAAUUUGCAUUUCAAAACUUAGUUUCAAAUUUACGGAUUUAUCAAACGUUUUAAACGUGACUUAUAUGUUCAUUGUUAUCGGAUAACCAUGAAUUCAGGUUAAGGUUUUCCAAAUUUUAUAAAUAUUUCAAGUUUAAGAUAGAUAAAACAGUAUUAAAACAAAAACAAUUCGCAUGAUUCUUUCGGAAAAAAAAACUGUUAUAGUAAAAAGAUAAUAGUUGUUCACAACGUUUUUUUCUAGCCAAGCAAGUAGUCGAAUUAGCGGUUUUGAAUUUUACUGUGCAAAAAUCAUAUUUGCUUUACCGCUUUCAGUUGUCAAGAUGUUAUUUCUAUCACAGUUCAUGCUGUUCUUUCAUAUUUUAAUGGCUGUCUCAAAAUGUGUUAUUUGUUUUUAUUGAUUUACAUUGUAUUUCAAUCAAUCAAUCAUUUAUUGAUGUCUCGUGCAGCACAGAUAAGUAAAUAUCAAAUGUAUAUAAUGUGAAUCUGUCUGUACCGGUAUGUAUAUAUUGGAAGUGUUAGAUCAACCCUAUCGUCUAACCGUCCAAUUUCGAAUAUUUGUUGAUAUUUUAUUGUAUAUACAUGUUAUAAUUGUUGCAAACAAGUAAUUUAAGCAAGAAUAAAACAAUUGUUUUUA